AGAAAGGACUGAAGGAAACAAUUGGCCGAGCAGUGGAAAAGCCGUAACAUUCUGCGGAAGAGGAAAAAACUAUUGACAUAUACUGCUUGAUCAAGUCGAGGCAGCAAGCAGCAGUGUUGGUGAUCUGGGAAAAGAGAUGGUUUUGAGGGGAAGCAGCAUUCAUACCAAGCUGGAUUUUUGGCAUUUCCUAGAUAGAGCAGCAGCUAGACGGGGGUACUGGAUCCAACAGCUUGCAACUUGCUUCCGACGCUGCAACAGUGCUUGCCAGCCAGCCGGCGGAAAGAUUUUUCUUUCCGUUUCCUAUAUUGCUCCGCUCGCUGCCAAGGUCAAGGCAUCAUCCAUCCACUUGGGAUGAUCAGACACAGAUACUGUCAAGUAUUAUCUCCAGAAUCAGCGACAGCGAUUAGGUGCUUCGUGUUUCCAGGCUUUGCAAACCACGCAGCAUCGCGCCACUCUCUUGGUGUGGUUCUUGAAAUUGGGAAAGUUCCGAAGCAUUUAAGUGCUCGAGGGGUCCAUCUCUCAUCCGGCUAUCAACUGAUGCAGCUGACUGCGACAGUAGAGGAGCUCGUUUGCACAACACGAAGCUGAGGGCCGGAAUCGAUGUUAUCGUAUCGGGUGCUAUCAUCUUUCCCGGAUCUGGACCAGCAUUGGUCUUGAGGGGCUCAUAGCUAGCUCAGGAACAGGAUGGGUGAAGAUGGGGGAAAGUUCUCGAGUUUUGCAAUGGAACAGGAACCCGAGGUCUCUUCGCUGCCUUCCACUCCUCAGAACAACCACAGCAUUCCGCCAUCUGUUGCCCGUUCUCCGAGGAGAAUGAUGCUGUCACCGAUGGGAACUCCAAUGCGCAAAGCUUUCGGCAACAUGAAGUGCUACCUGGAAGAAAUCGGGCAUAUUGCAAAACUUAAUCCGCAAGACGCAUGGCUGCCUAUCACCGAGUCUCGAAAUGGCAAUGCCUACUACUCGGCCUUCCACAAUCUCAACGCUGGGAUUGGUUUUCAGUGCCUCCUCCUGCCUGUGGCUUUCAGUUUCCUCGGCUGGUUUUGGGGAGUUUUAGCGCUGGUGGUAGCGUUCUUGUGGCAGCUCUACACUCUCUGGAUUCUCAUCAAGCUGCACGAAGUCAUACCUGGGAGACGAUACAAUCGCUACAUCGAGCUGGCCCAAGCAGCUUUUGGGGAAAGAUUGGGAUCAUGGCUUACUUCAUUCCCGAUUAUAAGCUUAUCAGCUGGAACAGCCGGCGGUCUAAUCGCCAUCGGUGGUAGCACACUGCAUCUCUUCUACAACUUGGUUUGCAUCAAAUGCCAUGGACAAAGCUUGACAGCCAUCGAGUGGUACCUGGUUUUUGCAGUCUUGUGCGCGAUUAUAGCACAGCUGCCCAACCUCAACUCGGUCGCAGGAGUUUCUCUCAUUGGAGCAGUCAUGGCAGUAGCUUACUCGACGAUGAUAUGGAUCUUGUCAGUUACACGGGAUAGACCACCCGGUGUUAGCUACGACGUUGCGAAGCCAUACUCGUCGGUUGGAGCAGCAUUCUCCUUCUUGAAUGCUCUAGGAGUGAUUGCAUUCGCCUUUCGGGGCCAUAAUCUGGCUCUCGAGAUCCAGGCAACCAUGCCUUCGACUCUCAAGCACCCGGCCUACGUUCCCAUGUGGAGAGGUAGCAAGGCAGCGUAUACUCUCGUGGCGAUUUGCUACUUCCCUCUCGCGAUAGGAGGCUACUGGGCUUACGGAAAACUGAUGCUCCCGACUGGAAUCCUCACCUCCAUGUUUGUCUUCCAUCGCUCGGACAUAUCUCCGGCGUGGCUCGCGACGUGUUUCCUCUUCGUCGUGGUGAGCUCUCUCAGCAACUUCCAGAUUUACUCCAUGCCAACGUUCGAUCUCGUGGAGCAAACUUACACCGCGAACACCAACAAGCCGUGUCCCAAGCUUCAUCGGUUUGUGUUUCGGCUGCUCUUUGUCUUCUUUGGCUUCUUCGUGGGGAUUGCGUUCCCUUUUAUGGCGAGCUUUGGAGGACUUUUGGGAGGAGUUUGCAGCGUUCCAGUCACAUUUUGCUACCCGUGCUUCAUGUGGCUCAAGAUAAAAAAGCCACCGAAGUUGAGCUUCAGCUGGUACCUCAACUGGACGCUUGGAAUCUUGAGUGUUGUCUUUACUAUUGUGGUCACGAUUGGAGGAAUCUGGAGCAUCGUGGACACUGGAUUGAAGUUCCAGUUUUUCAAACCACAGUAGCACUGGGAGGGACAAGAGUGAUAAAGGAAAUCCAUUUGCAUCCAUUUCAUUGUGGCCUAAUGCCCAAAAAAUAUGUAAUAAUACUUAAAGUUCUAAAUGAUUGGAAAACCUUUGAAGAGGAA